UUUGAAACUCGCCAACGAUUGUAGUAUGCACUAUACGCUACGGCUAUUCGUAAGUCGUAGACCUUAGGCGCUGGAGCUUAUAUUAUCGAUAUUCAAUACUUACGUCCGUUUGCUGCCGAUUAUUUUUGACCGUUUUUUCGGUACCUACCUAUUCAAUUAAUUUCUUCGUUAUUUUUUGAAAUUGUCCAUCGGAACAGUAGGUACCUACUUCUUACUCACAAAACACGUGCGCAAUUUUAGCCGUAGCACUGUGACUGUCAUGAAAUUAGCACUAGCACAAUAAUUAUUGUUACCUGUUAGUAAUGAAUUCUGUAAAAAAUACUACAAAAAAGUUUGCCAAUAGAAAGUUUUACGCAUUGCCCGAUGAUUAUGUUAAAGUGACAAAAUCAAUACAGAAGGCCGCUGACCCGGUGAAGCUUUUAAAGUAUGUGGAUGAAAAUGUCAUUGGCAAGAAUUCUACAUUCUCUGGACCAUACGGAAGAAGAAAAGUUGUGUAUUGUGACUACGCAGCUUCUGGGAAAUCGCUGCAAUUUAUUGAAGACUACAUACUUAAAGAAGUAUUACCCGUCUAUGGUAACACGCAUACGACAACGAACGUCACUUCGCUUCAGUCUACUCUAUACAGACACGAAGCCCGAGAUAUUGUCCGUAAUGCUGUCCAUGCUUCAGAAGACGACGCGGUUAUAUUCGUCGGAAGUGGAUGUACCGGCGCCGUUCACAAGUUAAUACACGCGAUGGACUUCGCUUCUGACGAAAUCAAACCAAUAGUCCUGGUCGGUCCUUAUGAACACCAUUCGAAUUUAUUGCCUUGGAGAGAGAUCGGUGCUACGGUCAUACGCAUAGCGGAAACUAAAGAAGGUUUUAUCGAUCUCGUCGAUCUCGAAAAUAAACUUCGAUUGUAUCAGACAGUUAGUCCAGCAGCUCAAGUGGUUGGGUGUUUUUCUGCCGCCUCCAAUAUUACCGGAAUACUCGCCGACGAUAUUGCCACCACGUUGAUUUUACACCAGUAUGGUGCAUUGGCAUUUUGGGAUUACGCAUCUGCAGCUCCAUACGUGGUUUUGGACAUGAACCCUUUGUUUCCGGCUAAUGACCAAGCCGUUUAUAAAGAUGCCAUAUUUUUCUCUGGACAUAAAUUUGUGGGCGGAAUACAAACACCAGGUGUAUUGGUGGCCAAAAAAAAACUGUUCAAAAACAAGGUGCCAAAUGGCAGUGGUGGCGGUGCAGUAUUUUUUGUCUCAAGAAAAGAUCACAGAUACUUAAAAGAUACAGAAUUGCGAGAAGAAGGUGGUACUGGGGCUAUUGUGGAAUCUGUACGUUUGGGUUUAGCGUUACAGCUCAAACAAAAUAUUGGGGUACCAUUCAUUAUGGGCAGAGAAGAAAAAAUUACCAAAACGGUAUUAUGUUUUCUGCAAACCAUGCCAGAAAUUAUAGUCUUAGGCAAUUGCUCGCAAACGGUGAGACGGCUCCCAAUUUUUUCAAUGUUGGUGCGCCAUCCUCGCGGUGCAUUUUUGCAUCACAACUUUGUUUGUGCCAUCCUGAACGACGUCUUUGGUGUACAGGCUCGUGGUGGCUGCGCUUGUGCUGGACCUUAUGCUCAAGAUCUCUUGGGUAUCAGUGACGAUCUGGCCAUAGAAUACGAAAACAUGUUACUAGAAGAUGACCGUCUGGACCGCCACCACCUGCGCCGGCAUGAAGAACAUUCCCCGUUUGAGAUGCUGAGGCCCGGUUUUGUCCGUAUAUCUUUGCCGUUCUUUAUGUCUGAUAACGAAGUAUCAUAUGUACUUGAAGCCCUGAAAAUGGUGGCCACCGAGGGCUGGAAACUGUUGCCACAAUAUACACUGAAUCCAGAAACAGGUGAAUGGAAACACCACACAAACAAUGUUUUCCGUGAUCGUAAGUGGUUGGGAUCAAUUCGAUACACUGACGGUAAACUAACAGUGCCGGAACGUAAGAUAUCAGUACAAAAUACGUGUCCUGCUGACUACGCUGAAUGUCUAAAAACGGCAAGAAACACAUUUAACAAAGCGAGAAAAAUGGCAAAACGAUUUCCAUUGCCAGAUCAGAGGAGUAUGUUUACAGAAAAAGCUGAGAAGUUACGUUGGUUCAUGUUGCCGAGUGAAGCCCAAGACUUAUUGUUGGGACAUUCGUCUAGCCAUAUUAAACAACGUGUUCCGUUUUCACCAACAAUCUACUAUGGAUCGCCUCGAACUUCUGAAUCAUCAAAUGUUUCUACUCCAAAUUCAUCUUUAGCAAGAUACAACAGUCUAUCUGCUCUAGAUCAUAGUUUAUCCGUUCGUGUGAGAUCUUCGAGUGGUAGUUCAGAUAUGUUACUGCCUAAAAAACACUUAAGUCCUGUUGGAUUAGUUUCUCAAAGAGAAAGAUGUUAUAGUUUAGGUUCAAAUCCUGAUCAGUUUAGAAGGUUACGUGAACGACAGUGUUCGUGCAGUAGUCAAACUGAAUUAAGUGAUUCUGAAUCACGUGCAUCUUGCAAUGAUAUACAACAUGAUGAAAGUAUCCAAGCUUAUGUACAAGAAAUGACAAAAGAGUUUGUUACAGAAAUCAAAUCUGAACUUCGCGAAGUUAUAGCUACUGUUGAUAAUGCAUUGUCAGAGAGUUCAGAAAGUUUGAAUGUUAUAGAUAAGCAUAAUAACAUUUCCAAAAGUGUUCGCAAAACUAUACCUAGAAAUAACUCUGUUCCAGUAAUAACUACCACACCAUGUCAAAAUGGCCUUGAAGAACAAGUCAUCACACGUUUGUCUGAAUUUGCUUCAGAAAUGAAAUCGGAAAUACAUGAUAUGGUAAGCUCUGUUUUAGCUUCUUCGUCUUCUUUGUCGGAUGAGAACACAGACACCAUAAUGGAAAAAGAAACAGAUUCAGAGAGUGACAAAGAAAACAAUUUAAAACAUCCAAAUCUUAGCUCAACAGAUAGUGGUAUAAACAUUAAGACAGAACCCAUUGAAACUAAUUUGAAAAAGUUUAAAUCUGAAUGUAUUGUGAAAAUGAAUUAUGAGAAAAAUGUAGAUUUUGCUGUGGCUAGGUGGUAUUGUCCAGCAAAGCCCAUUUGGAAACCAACAAUUGAAGCUAUUAGAGAAUUUAAGAUGAUUCGAGAUGGAGAUCGUAUAAUGGUUUGUUUAUCUGGUGGAAAAGAUUCACUAUCAUUACUUCAUACACUUCAUCAGUAUCAAUAUUAUGCUUCAUCAAAAGGUAUACAUUUCACACUGGGAGCUGCUACAGUUGAUCCUGGCAGUGCGGCUUAUAAUCCUAAGCCUCUUAUACCAUACUUAAAAGCAUUAGGAGUUCACUAUUUAUAUGAAGAACAAAAGAUUCUUGAACAAGCUGCUUCUGCUGAGUGCCGUUCAAUUUGUAGUUUUUGUAGUCGUAUGAAACGAGGACGUUUAUACUCUGCUGCACGAUCAAAUGGUUAUAAUGUUUUAGCUCUUGGUCAACAUUUGGAUGAUCUGGCUGAGAGUUUUUUAAUGUCGACAUUUCAUAAUGGCCGAUUGAGAUCAAUGAAAGCUCAUUAUGCAAUCAACGAACGUGAUCUACGUGUGAUUAGACCAUUUGUUUAUGUCAGAGAAAAAAUGUUGCGUCAAUUUGCAGAGACUAAAAAAUUACCCGUCAUCUCAGAAAAUUGUCCUGCGUGCUUUGAAGCUCCCAAGGAACGCCACCGAACAAAACAAUUACUUGCUCAACAAGAAAUAUUGUUCCCGCACUUGUUUGCAUCAUUACGCUCAGCUUUACGGCCCUUAAUUAGUUUUCGGCAAACAGGCGAAGAAACCAAGGCAUACCAUCGCAUGACUGGAUUUAUCGACUAUCAAUGUGAAAAAGAUUCAGAAGAAGAACCAUGACCAUUCUAACAACCAAAAAUGACUUAAAAUAGC